AUGAUGACAGAUAAUCAGAGCUUCCCAUCUGAGUUCAUCCUCCUGGGGAUCCCCAUCCAGCCAGAGCAUCAGAGCAUCUUCUUCACCCUGUUCCUGGCCAUGUACCUGACCACAGUGCUGGGGAACCUGCUCAUCAUCCUGCUCAUCAGGCUGGACUCUCGCCUCCACACCCCCAUGUACUUCUUCAUCAGCCACUUGGCCUUCACAGAAUCUUUCUCAUUAGUCACAGCUCCAAAGAUGCUCAUGAACAUGCUGACAAGGAGCCACUCCAUCUCAUAUACUGGGUGUGUUUCCCAGAUAUAUUUUUUCUUAUUUUUUUGAGGCAUUGAAAGCUUCCUUCUUACUGCAAUGGCCUAUGACAGGUAUGUGGCCAUCUGCCACCCUCUGCACUACACCACCAUCAAGAGUCAGAAUCUCUGUUUCCUGCUAGUCAUUGUGUCUUGGAUUUUGUCCUCUUAUGAUGUCCUUGUGAACACCCUACUCCUGACAAAGAACAUGAAAAGGGAAAAUCAAAGCAGUGUGUCUAAGUUUAUCCUUCUGGGGCUCCCUAUUCAGCCAGAGUACCAAGGCAUGUACUAUGCCCUGUUCCUGGCCAUGUACCUGACCACGAUGCUGGGGAACCUGCUCAUCAUCCUGCUCAUCAGGCUGGACUCUCGCCUCCACACCCCCAUGUAUUUCUUUCUCAGCCACUUGGCUUUCACAGACAUCUCUUUCUCAUCUGUCACAACUCCAAAAAUGCUCAUGAAUAUGCUGACACAGAGCCACUCCAUCUCAUAUACUGGGUGUGUUUCCCAGGUAUAUUUUUUCUUAUUGUUUGGGGGUAUUGACUGCUUCCUUCUAACUGCAAUGGCCUAUGACAGGUAUGUGGCCAUCUGUCAUCCCCUGUACUAUAACACCAUCAUGAGUCAGAGCCUCUGUUUUCUACUGGUAAUUAUGUCCUGGGCCUUGUCCUCUACCAAUGCCCUUGUGCACACCCUUCUCUUUGCUCGUCUCUCUCUGUUUAGAGAUAACACUCUCUACCACUUCUUCUGUGACCUCUCUACCUUACUUAAGCUGUCCAUCUCAGACACCACUAUCAAUGAUCUUUUUGUCCUCAUUUUGGAAUCACUAGUCAUUGCAGUCCCAUUCAUGUGUGUUCUGGUCUCCUAUGGCCACAUUGGGGCCACAAGCCUGAGAACUCUCUCCAUUAAUGGAAUCUGCAAAGCCUUGUCCACAUGUGGCUCUCACCUCUCAGUGGUUUCUCUAUACUAUGGAGCCAUUAUUGGGUUAUACUUCAUCCCCUCCUCCAAUAACACUAAUGACAAAGAUGUCAUUGUGGCUGUGUUGUACACUGUGGUCACACCCAUGCUGAAUCCCUUUAUCUACAGUCUGAGGAACCGAGAUAUGAAAGGAGCUCUGAGAAAUACCCUCCAGUGUUUCCCAGACAUAACAAGGCAGUUGCAUAUGUGA